GAUUGGCCUGUGGUCAUUUCGCUGCCGUCCUCCGCCCAACCGGUUCAUAAACUUUCUCGCUCCUCGAACGAGUCAAGAUUAAAUUUGUCAUAAAUAUAUAUAUAUAUUUUUAAUUCCGAACUCAUUAUAAGUGGCGUAGAAAAAUAAUCUAAAUCAUGUCUGGGAAAAGAAGUUCAGUUUCGACAAUCUCUAUGUCCAUCAGUGGAGCUAAUGCGGUUGGAAGCCCCACAAAGAAGAAAGGACUAAGCUAUGGGUUGACUUCGUUUUUCCUUAUUGCCCAGAUGGCGGGGGCUGGCUUCUUGGCUCUUCCAAAAGCCCUGUCAGACGUGGGUUGGCUGGGUAUUCCAAUGAUGCUGCUGUUCUGUGGAAGUGUGGGCUUCGCUGGAACACGGCUUGGCCAAUGUUGGAUUAUAUUGGAAGAGAGAUGGCCUGAGUACAAACUACCAACUAGGCAACCCUAUAUGGACAUAGCUGAGAGAGCUCUGGGGAAUGUUGGAAGGAAAAUCACGCAGAUUUCUGUCGUGUUGAACUUGUUCGGGUCAACGACCGUGUUCAUCAUCCUCAUCUCAGAGAUGGUGGCCAAAAUCAUAGCGUUUGAAUGCCCUGGCCAAUGUGUCCUCACCAAGUGCGAGCUGGUCAUUAUUGUCGGGGCCGUCAUAAUUCCCUUUACCUGGCUAGGAACUCCUAAAGAUUUCUGGCAAGCCUCACUGCUGGCAGUGAUAGCAACCGCAGCAGCUGUUGUAGUAAUAGUGAUCCAGAUCUUCGAGUUCCCUGAGACGCGCCCGGAUAAUCCCCAGUACCCGAACCCGACCGUGGGUUCUUUCUCACUGGGGUUUGGCUCAAUUCUCUUUGCUUUCGGUGGAGCUGCUGUCUUCCCCACCAUCCAGAACGACAUGGAGGACAGGUCCCAAUUCUGGAAGAGCAUUUGUCUUGGAUUUCUUGGUAUCAUGUCCCUGUACCUGCCUGUGGGUCUGUGUGGCUUCAUCUUGUAUGGUGACCAAGUAGAAAGCAAUAUCCUCCUGACCGUGACGAUGAACUUGGCAGUUGAGAUCGCCAUUGGACUACAGAUCAUUAACCUGUUGUGUACCUUCAUCAUCAGCUCCAAUCCCGUCUCCCAGUCUGUUGAGGACGUCCUGAAUGUUUCCAAUAAGUUCACUUGGAAGAGAUGUGUGCUACGAUCUCUGAUCGUGUCGCUGCAAAUGCUGAUCUGCUUGGCUAUUCCGGACUUUGGGCUGAUCCUGAACCUGAUCGGAGGUUCACUGAUCACACUCUGCACCUUCGUUCUGCCUCCACUUAUGUAUAUGAAGUUGAUCGACGACCACAGUGGCCAAUUUAAGAAGAGGACUAUACCCACCUGGGAGAGGAUUUUCCUUGUGGAGAUCAUGAUAGUUGGUAUAAUUGGAGGAGUGUGUUCGACCCUCUCUGCGCUGUACUCCAUUAUCGUCGCCUCUUUCAGUGAAUCAUGCUUCACUGAGUUCAGCAAAUGCACCGCUUGAACCAGUAGCGUGUCAUCAGUUUUCCACGAUCACCCAAUAGCGCCUCUUCAGUUCUCUUCGAUCAGCCAAUAGCGUCUCUUCAGUUCUCCACGAUCAGCCAAUUGCGUCUCUCCAGUUCUCCACGAUCAGUCAAUUGCGUUUCUCUAGUUCACAACGAUCAGCCAAUAGAGUCUCUCCUGUCUUCUGCAACCAACCAAUUGCAUCUCUCUUGAAACUUGAUAUAACUAAUAGUCUCUUCUGCUUUCUGCCAGUAGUGUCUUUUCUUCCAACUAUUGCCAUCUAAUAGUGGUUCUCAGUCUUGUGACAACCAAUACGGUCUUUUAUCUACUCCAGCAAAUAAUUGUUUUCCUUUGCUUCAACCUCGCUUGACCAGUAUCAGUUUGUAAAUCUACAGCUCUUUAAUACAUUUAUAAUAUAUCAAUUGGCAAAUUUACUUUAUUUUAAUCAAACCAAUAUAAUUCUUCGCCAAUUAAUAAUUUGCAAUUUA